AAAUAAAAGAAAUAAAAAUAAAAAUUAAUUGCUUUCUUCUUCCCCUGCCCAUCCUUUUAUUCAGACUGGUUUGAAGCCUCUCUCUCUCUCUCUGUGGAUUCUCAAGCAAUUGCUCUGUUGUGUUCUAUCGUGGCCUAUCGUGCCCUGUAUUAUUGUAUUGUUCAGAAGUAUCUUUUUCGUUCGAUCGCUUCUGUUUUGAUCUUCGUUUGGUUUUCGUUUAAUUGACUCUGUCUUCGUAUCCAAUCCUCUGUUGCGUUUGGAUUCACAUUGUUGGGGUUUUCUUCAAGGUCUCAGAUUAUUUUUUUAUUGGUCUGGACGCGAAUCGGAACGACCAUUUUAAUUUUCUAACCGUUUCUGGUGCUAUUCGAUUCGUAUCGAUUGGACUUUUAGAGAGAUCGAAGAAUUUGUAGUAUUUUGUUGAUUACGCUUCUUCUGAGUCCAAUUAGGGUUUAUAGGAGCGUGGAUUAGGGGUUUCUGGUGCUUUGUUUGGGUGUGGAGAUGUCGGGGGCUGGAUUGCAGUUCGGUCGGACUCGCGGGGAGGAUCGGUUCUACAAUCCUGCGAAGGCGAGGACUUACCGGAAUCAGCAGCAUGAUCAACUCCGUAGAGCUCAGAGUGAUGGAACUGAGAGUCUUUCUCCUGCAAUAAGGGAAAACAAGUUUGUAAUUUCGGGGCGUCGGGAGUCGGAGAAUCAGACGGGGUCUGAAGAGCCUAGGAAGCAGGUAGAUGUGCCAGAUUUUGAGCCGGUGGUGUCACCUCUGAGCAAUCUGGAACGUUUUUUGGAAGCCAUUCGGCCUUCUGUUCCGGCUCAGUAUCUCUCUAAGACAACUAUGAGGGGCUGGAAGACUUGUGAUGUUGAAUAUCAACCGUACUUUGUGCUUGGUGAUCUGUGGGAGUCUUUUAAGGAGUGGAGUGCUUAUGGGGCAGGAGUUCCUUUGGUUUUGAAUGGAAGUGAUUGCGUUGUUCAGUACUAUGUCCCGUAUUUGUCCGGCAUUCAAAUUUAUGGCGACUCUAUUGAGGCCUCCGUGAAAUCUAGGCGGCUGGCUGAAGACAGUGAUGGUGACUAUUUUAGGGACUCAAGUAGUGAUGGUAGCAGUGAUUGUGAACCUGAAAGAUUCAAUUGCUCAUCGGAGCAAUGGAAUUGUGGCCAUAUAGCAGGUGAGAUUCCUAUUAGAUUGGAUAGAAUGUCUUUGAGAGACCAGCAUACUAUACUCCGAGAAGAUUUUUCUAGUGAUGAUGGCGAAUCUGGGAAUUCACAAGGUUGCCUGCUAUUUGAAUACCUUGAACAAGACCCUCCUUACAGUCGGGAACCUUUAGCUGACAAGAUAUUUGAUCUUGCCUGCCGUUUCCCCGAGCUCAAGACUUUAAGAAGUUGUGAUUUAUUGUCUUCCAGUUGGAUAUCUGUGGCCUGGUAUCCUAUAUACAGAAUACCAACAGGACCAACAUUAAGAGAUUUGGAUGCUUGCUUUCUAACCUUCCAUUAUCUUCAUGCUCCCAUGAGAGGUGCUCAAAAUGCUCAGGCUCCUGUUGUUACAUGCCCCAGUGAAAUGGAUGGUGUCCCCAAGAUUUCCUUGCCUGUUUUUGGUCUUGCGUCAUACAAGUUCAAGGGAUCGUUGUGGACACCUAAUGGAGGACAUGAGCGCCAAUUGUCGAACUCACUCUUGCAGGAAGCUGAGAACUGGUUAAGGUCGCACCAGGUCAAUCACCCGGACUUCCUGUUCUUCAGCCGUAGAUGAUAAUUGAAAAAUUACUUUGCUAAGUAUCUAACCUUUUUAGCACUACCGCCCUACAUGACAAGGUCAACUCAUGUUGGUACGUGAAUGAGCCCUAGGGUUCAAGUUGCUUGGAUUUGUAGAGAUCAAAUGGCAAGUUGAAUUGGGCAGUUCCUCUUGUUUGUCUUUUGUUUAUUUAUGAUAAUACAAAAGGAGGGAGGGGCAAAUAAGAAAAUAAAGUGGAAAAGUGCUGUGGGAGGAGAGCAAUUAUAAUAAGGCUCAUUGAGAAUUGAAAUGCUUUGAGGAAACUGGAAAAGCCCUAAGCCCCAAAGUAGGGUAAGAGAGUGCUUGGCUUGCUAGUAGUGGCUGGGAGUUUGAUAUUUUUGCUCCUUUCUAUAAAUUAUAGUGUAUGGUUAUGAGAAAGCAGGCUGUUUUUUUCUGUCCUGAUGGUAUGUAGGAUGUACCAUAAAAUUCUAACUUUGGGAAGGAGAUUUUGAUAGGGAGUUCGUCGUUUCAGUGUUUGGACUGCCCUGGAUGUAUAACCCCAACAUAAGUUGGGGCUGCAGUAACUGAAGAACUAUGUUUUAAUAGAUUAUGGAUUUUAUUAA